UCCGCCCGGGCGUCCAUCUUGAAUACAGUAAGCCACUGGUGACUGACAGCAACGGAGAGUGAAAUCGCGAUAAAUUGAGUUGCGACUGCUCUAAAAAGUCAACCGACUGCGAUCACCGGGAAAAUACAUAUUGAAGGAUUACAUUUAGUGACGUUAUCUGUCAAUUCCGUCUCAUUUUUGGCGUCAUAUUCCCGAUGAAGUUAUUUCGGAGGCUGUAACGUUACAUGCUAAGCUUUAUUCAGCCGUCGACAUGUCUUAGUUUAAAACGAGUGUUUGUUUUAACUAUGCACCUUAGCAGUUCUCGAAAAGCUUUGUGAGGUUGGUAAUUGCAGGUUUGAGUCAUUAACACCCGAAAGGAAUGUGGAUAUAGCGCGUUUGGCCAUAUUUAAGUCCUUCACUGUCAACUUGAGCUCGCGCGUGCGCUGAAUCGUGCGCGUGACCCCAUUUAUCUAUGAUCAGUAAUUCUACAUUUAUAUAUAUAUAUUUAAAAAAUAAAAACGGAAAAAGUAAGCGUGAUGUGGAAAUAUCGUAUAGGUAUGUUAAUUCCAUUUUUAUCCCCGUAAAUAUGCAUGCAUUUAGUGAACUGCCAUAGACUUUUCAGGUGGGUGUGAGGCAUUGCUCUGCUUGAAAUAUUAGUUCAUUUGUAUUAAUAACAAUAUUUUAUACAUAUUUUAUGGCGGGUUCUAUGCAUAUAUUGUCCAGUUCUGUUCAUUGGAAAUGGGAGCUGACCCAUUUACUGAAAGAUCUUAUUGAACGGGCUCGUUUAUUCUGAGCGCUCGACAGGGCAAGAUUGUAUAACGUUAGAUAUUAUUCGUAGGAAUUUCCUCGUUUUUGACAUGGGUUUUCAGGAAAACUGCAUGGACAGUCACAGAUCACUUUAUUUCGAAAAGCUCGUCUGCUUUAAAUGAACUGUCACUAGUGGACUCUUUGAUGCCGUUUCCCAGUCGCUGAAUCUGAGGACUAUAAUCUACCAUUGGAUUUGUGCACUGCCAUAUAUCACUGACUCGGUUACAUGGAUGUGUUUCACUGACUGCUGAUCAGUAGUUCGAGGGGAAACUUGAAUGCAGAGAGUCUUGGAUUUUGUAGGACAAGACAGCAGAUUGAAAAAUGGGACCUGCAACGAAGCUGGCGUUUGGAGUGUUCCUCAUCUCCUGCUCAUCAGGUGCCAUUCUCGGCCGCUCAGAGACACAAGAGUGUGUCUUUUACAACUACAACCCCAGCUUGGAGAACCGUGGAAACCGCAGCGGAAUUGAAUCUUGCGUGGGAGAAAAGGACAAGAGGCUACAUUGCUUCGCAACUUGGCGAAAUGUGUCAGGAUCAGUUGAAAUAGUAAAGCAAGGCUGCUGGCUUGAUGAUGUCAGCUGCUAUGACAGCACCGAGUGUGUGGAGAAGAAGGAGGACCCAGAUGUGUUCUUCUGCUGCUGUGAGGGCAACAUGUGUAACGAGAAGUUCUUCUACAACCCUGACACGCAGCCAGUUCAGAGUAAGGCUCCCUUCAGCGACACAAACAGCAAAGUCUUUAAGGCAACAUCCAACCCCUUCACCCAAAAGACAUCACUGUUCAGCACCCUCCUAUACUCCAUCGUGCCCAUCAUGGGCAUCGCUGCCAUUGUCUUGCUGUCCUUCUGGAUGUAUCGGCAUCACAAGCUGGCGUAUCCACCUGUUCUGGUGCCUACCCAGCACGCCUUUCAUAUAAUGAUAGAGGACCCUGGACCCAUGCCGCCGUCUCCCACCCUGGUUCAGAAGCCACUGCAGUUGUUGGAAAUCAAAGCAAGAGGGCGCUUUGGCUGUGUGUGGAAGGCUCAGCUGCUUAAUGACUAUGUGGCAGUGAAGAUAUUCCCCAUUCAGGACAAGCUGUCUUGGCAGAAUGAGUAUGACAUUUACAAUCUCCCUGGCAUGAGGCAUGAAAACGUUCUUCAUUUCAUCGGGGCCGAGAAGAGAGGAAGCAACCUGGACAUUGAAUUGUGGCUCAUCACUGCUUACCAUGAAAAGGGCUCCCUGACAGACUACCUGAAGGCCAACGUGGUGACGUGGAACGAGCUGUGUCUCAUUGCUCAGACCAUGGCUCGAGGACUGGCUUACUUGCACUCUGACUUCCCAGGACACCGAGAUGGCCACAAACCGGCCAUCGCACACAGGGAUAUUAAGAGCAAGAACAUUCUGCUGAAGUCAAACCUGACGGCUUGUAUAGCUGAUUUUGGUCUGGCUCUGAAGUUUGAGGCAGGGAAGUCAGCUGGGGACACGCAUGGGCAGGUGGGAACCAGGCGUUACAUGGCCCCAGAGGUGUUGGAGGGGGCCAUCAACUUCCAGCGAGACUCUUUCCUCAGGAUAGACAUGUAUGCGGCUGGGCUGGUGCUAUGGGAGCUGGCGGCCCGCUGCACUGCAUCUGAUGGUCCAGUUGACGAGUACAUGCUUCCGUUUGAGGAGGAGGUGGGCCAACAUCCCUCUCUAGAGGACAUGCAGGAGGUUGUGGUCCACAAAAAGCUCCGGCCCACUCUCAGGGAGUGCUGGCAGAAACAUCCGGGUCUGGCCAUGCUGUGCGAGACUAUAGAGGAGUGUUGGGACCACGAGGCCGAGGCGCGUCUCUCCGCGGGAUGUGUCGAGGAGCGUGUGGUCCAAAUGCAGCGACAGACCAGCAUCUCUGCACCAGAGGAAAUAGUCACCGUCGUAACCAUGGUGACCAACGUGGACUAUCCCCCUAAGGAGUCCAGUCUAUGACUAGAGGAGAUCAGCAUGUGAAUUGCGGGCUGACCGAACAGAAAACACGCGUCGGGAAUGGUGGCGGACAGCUGUUCUGAAAGCCGGCUUCAGACAUGCUGGAUGAUUGUCCUGUACUUUCGGCUGGAGCAAAUGCAGACUAUACAUUUUGCGCCGAAUCUGGGUUUAAUACAGGUACACCUGGAGUCCGCUAUGUUUUAAUGUAUGUGUGUGUGUAUAUAUAAACUAGUACCAUGGGGCACUCCGGCAAAGGACGGAAGAUUAUAAGCCGGCAUCAAAAACGUUGUUGUCGUUUCCCUGCUUGGAGAAGAAACUUUCCCAAUCAAGGAGGAAACGAGACCCUGCCGCACGGCGCUAGUGUCAUUUCAGUAUAAAAAAGGGCAACGUCCAUGUAAAAUAACACAUUUAAUGUGUUCAUAUGAAUGACUAUUGUAAUGCCAAUAAGAAACAGCUUUUUGAAUGUGUAGUGUGACGCUGCUGUACAGAUAUCAACAGAAAGGGUGACGAUACAACCCAAAUCAACACGCGUUUUCUCUGAAAGCUUUCAGAGUUUCUGUCAGAUAACCACCAACCUCUCGACAAGGUAUACCUCAGUUUCUCAUCCUAAUAAUGCGUUUGUUUUGUAACACUAUAUGAUAUUAAAAAAAAGAGGCUUUUCGAUGACCUCCAUUUGGCACGGAAGCUUUUUAAAUACGGGGAAUAGUUUUUUUAUAUGACAGAUUAUGCCAAGAAACGAUGGCCAUUCAUAAACCAGUGUUCUGCCUUCUUUCUUUUAGUCGUUCUCUGUGUUGCCCUGCUGUUUAAAAUGUGAUACUUUUUGUUUUUUUUUGUUUUUUUUAGGAUUGUGACCGUUUUGACAUUUAUCUUGACCUGUUGAGAAGAAAAAAAUCCCUGACAAUAUGAAUUUUGUGAAAAUAAUACAGAAGCACUUACCAAUAUAGGUUUGCGGUGUCCUCACAACAUUGACGUAUGUGCAUGCCUCGUGUUCUUCUUUUUUUUUUUUUUCUUUGUUUUUCAAACCUUUGUUAUCACGUGGAGCUUGUGCAUGAGAUCCCGUUGGCAGUCAUUGAAACCCCUUCAUUAUUCGUUAAUCUGAAGUAUUUCCUGUCUUCAGGGCAUCACUCAUUUUCAUUUGGAAUCCUCCAAUCCUGGUCUUCUAUGACCACCGUCUGUCACGUCAAACUGGUUUCAGAUCAGCAGCCAGGCGACCUUCUACACACUUCUACAAGAACUGUAUCUCAGUAUGUCUCAGGAAGCGUUUCCCUUUGCUUUGAGCCCUCUGGUGCCAUUCUGGUUACCCUUGUUGUAUUAUGUAUGCAAGGGCCCUUGAUAUACAACACCUUAUUAGUGUGAUCAUAUUAUGUGCAAUAACAUCCUAAGCAGGGACUGUUUCACAGAUCACAGGCCACUUCCAGUGUGGUAAAAAUAUAAGCGCCUAGUGGGUUGCUGAAACCAUAAUGUACAUCAUGAACUGAAGUUGACGUCAUGCUAUGCAUAUGUUAUGAUGCCCGGUGGUCUGAGAGUAUUAAGGAAAUGAUAUGCUGUAAUGGGGACCGAACACAUGCAGUAACUCUCUGCCGACUGGCUGACAGUCUUUUAAAUGAACAGCUUGUCUGCUGCUGCUCUUAGGCUUUGUUCACACUGCACUUAAAUCCAUUUUGAUUUUUCAAAUCCAAUUUUUAGGAUCAACUUGUCAUUUUGCAAGAAAUCGAAUGCAUUUGUUCAGACAGUAGUCAAUAUCUGUCCCAAUAUCGGUCAUGCAUUACCAUCACAUUGCAUCCCAGAUGAUUAGAAAUCUGUUCACCAUUAAACUGAUUUUAAUCUGAUUUCAAACUACAUAAGGGUCUGAUUUGAAUCAGGCCUAAAUCUUAUUUUUAUGUGGGGUUGUUUUUCCCGUUCAGACUACAAACUAAACUGAUUUGAGUCAGAUUCCUGCUGUCUGAAGAAAACCUGAAAUUUGAUUCAGUGGCUCUGUGAUUUUGUUCAUUUUGCUUUUGAUAUUAAUCACGUCAAAUUCUGAAUGGUGUAAAAAUGAAUUGAGAUCUGAUCUGACCAUUCAGACUUGAUGCGUAAAAGUCUGAUUUCAAGCCGGAUGUGGUUCGAAUCCGGUUUGUAAACAUUGCGUUUCAUGUUUGUUUGUUAUUUCACCCAUUCACACUACGAAUAUCUAAACGGAUUUGAGUAUGAUAAAAAAAAAAAAACGGAUUUCUGUUGCUUGUCUGAACAAUUUCUGAAAUUUUGGUUCAUUACCUUUCGCAUUUGACAAUGUUCAGGUUCAUAUAACCGUAUGCAAUCAAGCCCUUUCAAUGAAAGCUUUCUAUCUCUCUACUGUAGCAUUCUCAGCCAGCUCAUUCUGUUGUACUUCAUCUGACUGCUGUCAGAAUGGUUAAGUAAUAAGGGCCCAUGCCAUCUUUCAAAGGCCUUCCGUUGGACUCUGUAGGUUCAUAAUUGAAGGCCAGGUGGUUAUAAGCCCAAAUUAAAGUUCUUUGCAGGUUAGGGUUAGGAGGACGAGUGCUCCUGUGGGGUUCUUGCAAUUUGACUUUUUGACUGUAAACACUACAGAAGAUUCACUAAUCCUGAGUGACUGCUGCUGGCCUGUAGAGUGUUUUCACCAGGUGCUGUCCUGUACCCUUGUCUGUUUUUUGGUGUUUUAUUUGGGGAAUCUGGGAAGAAGGUUGAAUAAGAUGAAAAGCCAAACUUUUUAAAAAAAGCCCCCUGUUUAGUAGAAGACUCAAUUUAAAAUGCACCGUAUGUACAUAUGAAUGUUGUUUAAGAUUGUGAAAAGAGCAUGAGGUUUUUUUAUGUCACAAAGAAAGAAAUCCUUUAUUGAUAUUAUUAUUAUUAUUAUUAUUAUUAAAUAUUUUAAUGUUAAUUUUGUACAUCUGUAUCUUAGUUUUAUUCAUUUAUGUCAUGGCCCAACUGUCAUUCUUCUUUUCUGGAUAAAUGAGAAGUGAUGCUUUCUCUGUUUUGAAAACUGGUCAUAUAAAACACUACAAAAGAAUCGAUCCUUUACCUCAGACUUCCACUCACGGCGUUCAAAAGAUUGAACAAACAGUGUAGCACGACUGACAACAUGGUGCAGCGUUGCAAAAAUUGCUCCUGGGAUUCGACCAGCAGCUUCUCUUUGUCUUUUCUCUCAGACAUGCUUCAGUGACAAUAUUUCUUCUCAUUGAGUGAAUGUCUCCACUACCAAAACUCUCUAUUUUAGGUGCGAGCAGCUGUAUUACUGUUGUGCUGGACAUGCCAUUUUUGUCCACAUUACUCUCGAGUAUUUAACGCAUUCAGGGCCUGAUCAGACGUAAUCGUUACAUAAUGUACAGAUUCAAUUUUAUGCUACUACUCCCCUCAAAUAAAGUAUAGUGACUGCUCUCAAA